AUGGCUCCUCCGGGUAUCUUGUGGGUGUCGUCACGGAUUACGCAUCCCGAGAGGCUUUCGGCGGAUAAGUUUUCGGAUUGGUAUGAGAAUGACCAUAUCAAAGAUGUCCUCGCAUUACCUGGUGCUACGGCUGCCGUGAGGUAUCAAGCUGUGGAGCGGCCGGUAAAGGAUGGAGGGGAGGAGAGGGCAUAUAGUGGGGAGAUGCCUUGGUUGGUCGUGUAUGAACUCCCAGAUAUGGUGGGCUUUCGCGAAUCAGACGGUUUCAAGGACAUCGCCCAACGAAAUCCGCCCAGCCAAGAGCAAAUUGAGACUAUCUACGUGAAUACGCAGUUUUCUGUUCGGUUCUACGAGGAAGUGCAGCUUUUUGAGGGGGAGAAGGCUAAGGAGAAUGGCCCCGUAAAAUUCAUCAUUUCAGGUGCUCUCGAGCCACCCUCCGACACUGCUUCCACCGCCGAUUUCGACAGAUGGUACCGCGAGGAGCACAUCCCCCUGCUCUCCCGCAUACCAGGCUUCAUUCGUUCGCGGCGUUACGAGGUGAAGACCGCGUACACGCUCAACCAGCUUCAGCCCUCGGAUGAUAUGGAGAAAGUGCCAAAGUACUACGCGCUGCAUGAAUUUGGGGGUGAGGCGCUGCCGUGGAAGCAGAUUGAGGAGAGCGUGGGUACAGAGUGGGCGAAGAAGGUUAUGGCGAGUGUGCAGAAAGCGGAGGUGGGGUGGUACAAGGUUAAGAGGGUUUUUCCUGAGAGUGAAUGGGGGAAUGUGGGCAACUAA